AUUCAAUGGCGACAACACUGAGGUUGACAUCUGAACAAAUAGAAACAGCAUUGGCUGGUGUUUUGGAUAUAAAAGAUGCUAUUUCUAGUAUAUCAACUCAAUUGGACGUGUUAACUGAUGAGCUGACUUUGAAGUUGGAAGCAUUACUAACCAAAUGCCCAACUGAUAUCUCGGAUGAAUUACAAAGACAUUUGAAAGUAGACAAAACCUACAAGCGUUCGGAAGAAUAUUACCACUAUCUACGUCUACUUCGAGUUUCUAAAUAUCAUACUGAUUUGCAACUAAUUUAUACCUUAUCAUUACACUCAAAUCCAAAUGUUCCAUGGUGCAACAAUAUCAAUUCACAAAUUGUCACAUCAAUUAUAACAGAGAUAAACAUGCCCAACGAAAUAAUUGAAGACUUUAUAGAAAAUGAAUACAAGAGAAAUAUCCAACAAGUUAAACUGGAAAGAAGUUCAAGUGGACUCCGUCCCCGAUUAGGAUUUAAUUCAGUAGCUAGCGAAAUAUCCUCACUGGAGCAAAUUGAAAAACUCAAGGCAUAUCCAAUUAGUUUAUCGCAAGCUUGGUUUUUAAUAGAGAUUAGCACUGAUAAGCAUCGCUGGUGUAGCCAAGUGUUCAAUCUUACAAUUUCCUUUAUAUUAAAUCUACUUGAUUUACUGGAUAUAGAGAUUAAAACUCAUGCAUGUCAGCUAUUACAAUUUUUACUAUCAAAAUCUUCACACUUUAAAUUUAAUUCCGGAUUAAUUAAGGAAGUAAGCAAAUCACUAAGUAAAUGCCUUGUUUACAUUCCUCCCAGUGUUCUGGUUGACAGAUCAUUGCCGAUUUUGAGCCAAGCUUAUCCAUGCUUAAUUGAGGUGUAUUCAACUUACGGUACUAAUUUGGACUAUGUUGAGUUGAUUAGCACAAUUAUAUCCAAUGUGAAUCACUUACUUACCAGUGAAGUGGAAAUUACCGAGCCUGUAUUAGUACUACUACUCGAUCAGGUUCUUGUUAUGCUGGAGAAGCUUGAUACGGACAUUACUAUUUGUUUAUCAAAGUUAUUAUAUACCUUGAAUCAAGUCAUCGUUAAUAUAAACAUUUGUGAAAGAGUACCACAAGUCAUAGCAAAGGCAUUAAACUGUCAAUCGCGUAUCAUAACCAUCUUCCAGUCAUCCACGUCUGAGUUUAAGCAAAUUUUAUACAGCUAUAGAUUUGACUUACUAGGUGCAUAUGGUAUCCUAUACAAACGGAUAAAACACUUUAAAGAUGAAGCACAACUUAUAGAUUGCAUGACCGAAAAUAUCACCCAAUUUGGAGAAUUAUCACAGGAUAUUGACACCUACACAGAGUGGCAAGACUUGACCAAACUCGUUAUACCAAUUUAUUAAUAUAUAUACAGGUAAAAUUAUUCUAACGACCAGUUUGUAAGGCUUCAACAACUUUAAUAUUAGUAUCCAAGAAUCUGUUCAAACAAUUCUUAAGACAUGAUUCUUCAUUAGAAGUCAAACUACCGUUGGUUAUUGGAACAUCUUUAAAACAUUUCUUGAAGCACAUAUCGGUAAAGCCGUGGAUUGAUGAUUGGACUUUUGACUUGGAUUGUUCAGAUUCUAUAAAUUGCAUGAUUUCUUUACGAGAUGGCUCGUCAAGAUUUUGAAGAGCAGCUGCAUUAAGUGAAGACAUGGUUGGGCUGUAAU